AUGGAUGACCUCAAGCCUCCCAACAAUGUGACUGAAUUCACUCUCUUGGGGCUCACACAGAAUCCACACUUGCAGAAAAUACUCUUUAUUGUAUUCUUAUUUAUUUUCCUAUUUACUGUGCUCGCCAACCUGUUCAUUGUCAUCACCAUCUCCUCCAGCCCCACACUUUCAUCACCCAUGUACUUCUUUCUCACUUACUUAUCCUUUAUAGAUGCCUCCUACACCUCUGUCACCACCCCCAAAAUGAUCACCGACCUGCUCUACCAGAGGACAACUAUUUCCUUGGCUGGCUGCCUGACUCAGCUCUUUGUGGAGCACUUGCUGGGAGGCUCAGAGAUCAUCCUCCUUAUUGUCAUGGCCUAUGACCGCUAUGUGGCCAUCUGCAAGCCCCUGCACUACACAACCAUUAUGCGACAAGGGAUCUGCCACCUUCUGGUGGUGAUAGCCUGGAUUGGAGGCAUCCUGCAUGCCACUGUGCAGAUUCUUUUCAUGACUAACUUGCCCUUCUGUGGUCCCAAUGUCAUUGACCACUUUAUGUGUGACCUCUUCCCAUUGUUGAAACUUGCCUGCAGAGACACCUACAGACUUGGGAUAAUGGUGGCAGCCAACAGUGGAGUCAUGUGCUUGCUCAUCUUUUCCAUGCUCCUCAUCUCCUACAUAGUUAUCCUGAGCUCCCUGAAAUUCCAUAGCUCUGAAGGACGGCGCAAAGCCCUCUCCACCUGUGGUUCCCACUUUACUGUCGUUGUACUCUUUUUUGUGCCUUGCAUAUUCACCUACAUGCGUCCUGUGGUCACCCACUCUGUGGACAAGUUGUGA